AUGUCUGAGAGAUUGAGUCUCGCUGACUACGAUGUCAAGGAAGAUCUCAGGAAUUUGCUUAAUGAGCCGGUAUCGGUGGAGUCGUUAAGCACACAGAUCAACUACGUCAACGGUUAUAAACUGCACCUUGAUUCACAGCUCGCCGUCAAUGAGGCGGAAUACGAGGAAUAUUUGAAGUCCGAUGGCCAAUUCCAAUCCAGUGAGGCGAAGAAGGACCUGGAGCUGAUCAUCAGUGAGAUUUCGGAAAACAGGAAGCUAUCAGCGAACACACAAGCGGUGAUCACUAGCAUGACCUCGGGUAUUAAGAAGUUGGAUGAUGCUAAGAAGAACCUCGUUCUGAGCAUGACUGUUUUGAAGAGAUUGCAGAUGAUGAUCAUCGCAGAUGAGCAACUCGGGUCUUUGAUCGAUGAGAAGCGAUAUACGGAGGCUGAGCCUCUUCUCGGUGCUGUCGGAGAAUUGGUUGACCACUUCAAGAGCUACAAAAGUAUCGACAGUGUUGCAAAAUUGACAAAGAGUGUCAAUGCAUUAGAGGUGAGGCUAGCAGAUCAGGUGCUGAAGGAUUUUGAGCUGACAUUGACGAACAAAGACCCCGUUGCAGAAUCUGAGUUACGUAGUGCUUGUCGGAUAAUGGACACGUUGGGACAAGAGUACCAUGACAAAUUGCUCAACUGGUUUUGUAAUCAUCAAUUGAGAGAAAUCAAGACAAUAUUCGUUAGUACUGAUGAAGCUGGCUCGCUGGAUAACUUACAGAGAAGAUUCCUGUUCUUCAAGAGGGUUCUCAAGAACUAUGAAGAAUUGUUUGCGCCAUUAUUCCCUGAAAGCUGGAAAGUUGAAGAAGAACUUUCAAACAGAUUCUGUGAGCAUACCCGUGAUGGUAUCAAGCAGAUCUUGUCACAGAACGGUAAGACCACUGAUGUUGAUAUGUUGCUCAACUCACUACAGCAGGCUCUUGAUUUUGAAAAGUUCUUGAACAACAAAUUUAGAAGAUCUAAUGAUGAUUCAGCCAACUCGUCAGUUGCAAAUUUCAACACUCCAAUCCCAACAGAUGGUGUCUUUACACACAAAGUUUCCGCAGCAUUUGAACCGUUCUUGAAUCUGUGGGUUGAUCAUCAAAACUCCUUCCUCAGCUCGAAGUUUAUGGAGUUUCUCUCACAACCUAAGCUGCCACCCGAUUCUCAAAACCAUGCAAACGUCAUCCCUUCAUCUGCGGAUCUAUUCAGGGCCUAUAGACACUUGUUGACUCAGUGCUCGAACCUUUCCACCGGCGGGCCAUUGUACGAUCUGUCAAAGCUUUUCCAGAAAUGGUCCUUAGAGUACGCCAACAAAGUGCUUAGACCAACUCUUCCAGCAAGUCAAAUAACUGAUGAUGCCAUCCCAUAUAUCACGUUGGUGAUCAACACAGCAGACUAUUGUCAUACCACGAUGAAUCAAUUACAAGAAAAGCUUACAGAACUCGUCGACAAUGAGUAUAAGCAACGUAUAAACUUUGAUGCUGCCAACGAUUCAUUCAUGAGGCUAAUCAACAGAUCGUUGAACAUCCUGGUACAGAAAAUCGAAACUGAAAGCGCAUUCUCUUGGAGGGAGAUGGCCAAUACAAACUGGGCCCACAUGGAAGAUGUCGGUGACCAAAGUCGAUACAUUGCCAGUUUGCGGGAUGUGCUGCUGAACAACUGUGAAAAGAUACUACCAACUCUUUCCAGGGACCUCUACGUUAGAAACCUUUGCGAUAAGAUUGUUGAAUCCACUGUGAACCAAUUCCUGCUGAACAUUGUCAAGACGAAGCCCAUCCCAGUUAUCGCUGCUGAGCAGAUGCUGCUGGAUCUCAGUGUAUUGAAGGAAACUUUCUUGAAAUUGACCACAUGUGCAGGUCCGGAUUAUAAGCCUUCCUCACAAUAUCAAAAGCACGCUGAGAAGAUAACUGGUAAGCUGGAAAUCAUAUUAAAAGUACUUUUAACCCAGGACGCACCUCAAGAGGGACUUGUAACGAACUAUUUCUAUUUGAUUGGGGAUCGUUCGGUUGCAAACUUUAUAAAGGUGUUGGAAUUGAAAGGAAUAUCUGAUAAAGACCGGCAAACAAGAUACAUUGACUUGUUCAAGAUCCAUAUGAAGGCACAUGACAAUCUAAUAGAUUCCUCGCCUGUUCUUGCCAAACUUGUUGUUGAAUCCGGGACAACAGUCGUUCCAUCUUCCACUGGGUUAUUGAACACGAAGAUCAUGUCUAUCUCACCUGAUUUACCAAGCUCACCAAAGCUCGAAAACUUGUUAAAGACGAAAGAUGGUUUCAAAGAGUUUGCAAGUAACGGUGAAGCCAGUGUCAACAAAUUGGGGGAAAACCUACACAAGUUUGGCCGUUUCUUCAACAGACAACAUAACAAUAAUUAG